AUGGCGGCCCAGGAAGAAUUCAUAAGAACCCAGAUCUUCGGCACCGUGUUCGAGAUCACCAACCGGUACACCGACCUCAACCCGGUCGGAAUGGGUGCCUUCGGGCUCGUAUGUUCCGCCACGGACACCUACACCAACCAGCCCGUUGCCAUCAAGAAAAUCAUGAAACCUUUCUCCACGGCAGUUCUGGCAAAAAGAACGUACCGUGAACUGAAACUACUCAAACACCUCAGACACGAGAACCUCAUCUGUCUUGAAGACAUCUUUCUGUCACCUUUGGAAGACAUCUACUUCGUCACCGAACUGCAAGGCACAGAUUUGCACCGACUAUUGCAAACUCGGCCUCUGGAAAAACAGUUUGUGCAGUACUUCCUCUACCAAAUCCUAAGAGGUCUCAAAUAUGUACAUUCAGCAGGUGUCAUUCACAGAGACUUGAAACCCAGCAACAUUUUGAUAAACGAGAAUUGUGAUUUGAAAAUCUGCGAUUUUGGAUUGGCCAGAAUCCAAGAUCCACAAAUGACCGGUUACGUGUCUACUCGGUACUAUCGUGCCCCAGAAAUCAUGCUUACAUGGCAGAAAUAUAAUGUGGAAGUCGACAUCUGGUCUGCCGGCUGUAUCUUUGCAGAGAUGAUAGAGGGCAAACCACUUUUCCCCGGCAAAGAUCACGUUCACCAAUUCUCCAUUAUCACAGAUCUUUUGGGCUCUCCUCCAGAGGACGUCAUAAACACAAUCUGUUCCGUUAACACUCUUAAGUUCGUCACUUCUUUGCCCCACAGAGACCCCAUUCCCUUCUCAGAACGCUUCAAAAGUGUCGAGCCCGAUGCUGUGGAUCUUUUAGAAAAGAUGCUAGUCUUUGAUCCAAAGAAGAGAAUUACGGCAGCUGACGCUUUAACCCACCCAUACUUGGCUCCUUACCACGACCCAUCUGAUGAGCCCGAGGCGGAAGCCAUCUUUGAUUGGCACUUUAAUGAUGCAGACCUACCUGUUGAUACCUGGAGAGUUAUGAUGUACUCUGAAAUAUUGGACUUCCACCAAAUUGGGGAGAACCAGAUAGAUCCGAAUGCUACUUUUGAUGACCAAGUUGCUGCCGCUACUGCAGCCGCUCAGGCCGCUCAAGCAGCUCAACAACAGCAAGAUUUAUCGCAGUCACAACCAAGCAGUCAAGCAGAUGCAGGUCAAAAGACAACACAUCAGUCAGCCAAAACUAGCCAUCAGGAAAACGUCAACGAUACCAACCACAGCGAUACUCUGAACUCGUAUGGGAAUCAAGCCGCGCAGUAUGCAUCAGAUUUCCAAUAG